AUGCCUGGAGGUCCUGAAAUUUGGGAGGUCAGUGAUGAUUCCUCCACAUCGGGAACUGACACGGAGAACGAUUCUCCUCCUGCUGUCGACAGAUCUCGCAGCAACUUCAAUGCACCUUCUGUGAGAACCCAAGAAGAUGCAUUUGUGAAAUUGAAAACAAAUCUCCGGAAACAUUUUGAUAAUCUAGGUAUUGGUACUUCAUUCUCCCACAAAGGUAUUCUCCCGAACGCACCCAAUCCAGGAAUUUCAAUUCACGGCUAUGGUACAAUUGGAUUCCCACUCACCGAGCAUGACUUUGAAAAAAUAAUGGCAGCAAGCGGUUCAGAAUCUGGCGAGUCCUUUGGAGAUAUACUUACUCCAUCCAAUGUAUAUACCAUUCCCGGCAACAAGAUAUCUACGCGAAAUCCCGCUUGGACAUCAGUGGUUCAAUCAAUACUAGAAAAAGUGAAGGUUGGGCUGGGAUUGGAGAAUAAGAGUGCUCAUGCAGAGCUGUGUGCUCUCGUGUAUCACUCACCUGGAAGUACCGCAGAGAUGAUUAACUCAGUUCGGAUGCCAUCUAGAGACAACUUUGGAAUGUUAGACAUAAUUCUACCAUCUGCUAGAGAGAGCGAAAAGUUCAUUCUUGAACACAAUGGGAAGAAAGUCCAAUUUCAGAAUAACGGAUGUUCAGAAUGGGACUGCUCAUUUCUUUCAUGGGUUUUCACAGAUGUAUCGGUGAAGAGUACACCAUUAUCCUCGGACCACCGCCUUAUCCUCAGGUAUGAUCUUCAGCAUACCCUACCAGGAGAGACUAGCUCUGCUACAGCUUUAGAAACUUCAUUAUCUAAUCUACAAAGCAUAUUGGAACCCUGGACAAGAGACAGCAUGUUAGUUCCAGAAAACAUAUUGGGAUAUGUGCUUUCGGAAGCCGACCAAUCUGAUAUUUCUCUCCAUAAGCUCCGCGGAAAGGAUCGUCUUCUCAAGGAAGUUUGCGUAAGGAGCAAUUUUGAGCUCUACUUGGCAACGUUGCAGAAAGAAGCCAGUGGCCCAACUGAACCGCCUGGACAUGACUAUUAUGGUUACGAUGAAAAAUACGACGAAAGUCACGUCAUGGAUGAAGUGGAGGAGGAAUCAUUACAUCUCACCAAGGUUGUAAAUCUCGAUGGUGAGGCGCUAUAUGCAGAUCUUGAACUUUUUGAUGAGAAAAACCUCAUCAAUGAUGACGACCCUCUUGACGGUGCCUGCACGGAUUCAGAGAACUACGAUGAUGAAUAUAUGACAAAAUAUUAUGGUGCUCCUAUAAUAGUCCUCAUACCUCGAGCUUUUCGAUUCCAAUUCAUAUUAGGCAAAUUAGGUAAAUGGGACAGUGACAGAAACGAAUGUGUCCUCAAAUAUACUGCAGAUUUGGGGAAAAUCACUUCCGAAUCCUCUGCCGCUGACCGGGAAGAAAUGAAAAAAGUGUGCGAAGUAGUACUUGCGAAAAGCGAAAGCUGUUGGCCGAGUAAUGUCCUGUCGGGGUUCUCGCAUAGGGUAUAUCUCUUGGUGAUCAGCUCGAUAAUAGACCUUGAUGACAAAGUUCUUCUUGAAUGCACAUUACCAACUUGCUUCUCAGGCCCUGAAUAUCAGCCGUUACUAGAUAAAUUGAGAGAGAAAAAGGGACCUCUAUGGAUACUGGCUAGAGCUGAGUCAUAUGUUUCUACGAUCCCAACUCUCGGUGAUCGGUGCAAAGCGAUUAAAAAUCUAUCUCAAUAUCAAGUGGAGACUGAUUGGUCCUCCAAGCAAUAUGAAUUAGCAUUAUUGGCAUGUGCGCAAUCUCUGAGUGUAUCCGAUGUAACACAAUUGAUUCAAAUAGCAAGAGUCUUGUCUGAGAAACAGAUCAUUGAAAUUUUCCUCCCAGCCAUCAAAGCGUGUCUGAAAAAGCAACAAAUGCUGUGCUCAAUCUUGACGCAUAUCUCAAGAAGUCUUUCAUUAAGCGAACGCACACCUCAGCCACUUGAUCUAGUUUUCAAAGAUGUAUUGUCAACUAAUAUUGAUCGAUUGGAUGUAUUGAAUUUCAAAGACUGGCCGGACGACAUUGCCUCAGCAGAAGGCGAGGCUGGUUACCCUGCCAGAUACCAACUAGGUAGAACGUGGCAACAGCGGAAGUACCGGAGCAUAGCCCUCGUUGUUUGUCGGGCUUACCAGAAAGAGAUGUUCCCCGAGCUCGAGCAUCUCUUCAGAGGACUUUGCGACCAAGCUCAAUCUGUGAAAUGGGCUUUUUUUUAACGAUACA